GGCAAAUAGGAGGAAUCAAAUUCAAAGUCCACGCGUUGAUCGUCGUAAAAGAAUAAAUAAUUCCACGUUGCAUCCUAAUUUUCAGACUUCUACUUCAAAUCAAGCACGUACUAAUAUUGUUCAUUCUAAAGUACGAGGGAUUUCUAACCUAUUAAACAUACCUACUAAUGCAUAUGUAUUACCGACAUGGAACUAUUGUGAACAUUGUGGUGCGCGAAAAUUUUAUAGAGAAACUAAAGGGUUCUGUUGCUCUGAUGGAAAAGUUAAACUUUAUAUGCCUGAUUCACCAACUGAAUUGUAUAAUUUAUUUACUUCUAAAGAACCUAAAUGCAUGGAGUUUAAGAAAAUUUCACGUGGAUAUAAUAACCAUUUUGCAUUCACUUCAUUUGGUGUAAAGUGCGAUACAGACCUUUUUAGAGCAUAUAAAGGUAUUUACACAUUCAGAAUUCAGGGACAAGUAUAUCAUUAUGUAAAUCAACUUCUGCCGGAAAAUAAUCAGCCUUCUUAUAUGCAAUUAUAUUUUUAUGAUACGAAUAACGAAGUUGAAAAUCGUAUGAAAAUUUCAGAAAAUUUUGUUGAAUCUACUUUGAUCAUUUUGAUUGAAAUCUUAAAAGUAAAUCCGUAUAGUAGAUUCUUUAGGUCUUUAAGUAAUAUGACCAAUUUGCACGACCAUCGAAUACAAAUAAGAUGUGAUCCUGGACUUGAUCAAAGAGUCUUCAAUACUCCUUCAGUAUCUCAAGUAGCCACUGUAUGGGUUGAGGAUGAUGACAAUGCAAAUAUUCGUGUUCGUGAUAUUACUAUAUAUGGUCAUUCUGGUGAAUCACAUAAGGUUCACUAUUAUUAUGGUUGUUAUGAUCCUUUGCAAUACCCUUUACUUUUCCCAUUUGGAGAACCUGGUUGGCAUGAAGGUAUUCAGAGAUACCAAAAAACAUAUUUUGAAACUCAGAAUUUACUCGAUUGCAUAGCUUUUCCUAGCACAGUAAAUUUUGCAACUGAAAUUAUUGCAAAAGAGGCUCAAGUAUUCAAUGGAAUGAGGAAACGAUCACAGGUUUCUUGCCGCGAGUACUAUUCUUACAAGUUACAAAUUAGGCCUUCUAGUUUCAUUAUCGGGAAUGAAAAGUUCUUUUUAAUUCUUUGCUACAUGUGUACAAUGGAAUCACUAAUGACAACUUCAAUUACAACCUGCGUUUGCAAAAGAUUUUGCAACCCGACGGCUAAAGGAGAGAUCCAUUUGAAGUACACUUGAAAUACACUGUCUAUGUUCUUGGCAAUGGAAGAAGGAGGCUUUUUCUAUUAUUCAACUUUUGUUUACGGAUUAAAUGCUCAACAUGGUGUUAAUUUAAGCACACCUACGUCUUUUAGCAAUCCUGUUGCUGGAGGUAAUAAUAGUAUGGACAUGGGGGUAGUUGUUCGCUCUAGCAGACCUUUCGCAAUGGUUGAUGAAAUUACAAAAGGAUCUUCAGCAGCAGCAGAUGGCUUACAGCUUGGAAAUCAAAUUGUAAAAUUUGGGAAUAUGAAAAUAGGUGAGAACUUGGUACAGAAGCUUACUACUGAAGCUCAGAUAAAUAAGAGCCAUGCAAUGCUUGUGGUAGUUAUGGGGCAAGGUGUUUUCAUAAAUUUGACCAUAAAACCCAACUCUUGGCAAUGUCAUGACCUACUUGGUAAACCGACAAUGAGAAGUUAGCUGAUGAUGAAGAGGAAACUAAGGGGAAG